UAGGCUUAUCUCAGUGGCGUAACUCUACUUUGUAAAACGAAAGCAACUAUCGUUUGAAUAAAUGAUGGUUAGUUUCGGUUUCUUUUCCAGAUUCAUGAGGCUCUACACCGCGUCACCGGUGUCCAUCGGAACCUCCACAGAAAUGUCAGUGAGCAUGAACAGAUCUGCAGCACAUCAUUUAGCCUCCAAAAUGUCUUUAUUUACAUGGGGCGCACAUGCAGACAGGGGACUUACUAAGUCUGACUCAGUGGACAUACAGGACGCUAUUCACUUUGUGCGCUCGCAAAACAAGAUUCGCUAUGUGUCAUCGGGGAGAACGAUUGUCGCGUUUUUACGCGGUGAGGGUAAAUUAUCCAUCUUCCGAAUGCAGGAGGAGGAGGAUGGAAGUUCGAGGGCAGGAAAACUGAAAAACUUCAACGACGUCAAGGAGAUUGACCUUGUAUGUUGUGGGGAAACCACCGCUGUCUUAAUUCUUAGUGGAGGAAAGGCGCUGUCGCUGGAUAGGUUCAACAAACUGAGGCCUCUUGAGGUACUACAUAAUAAACGCAUUGCUCAGAUCGUAUGCGGAAAUCAGCAUUCACUUGCUCUUACUGAAGAUGGGCAGGUCUUCACAUGGGGCCAGAACUCCAAUGGUCAGCUGGGUCUGGGGAAGGGGGAGCCCAGCACCAUGUCCCCCCAACCCCUCAAGUCUCUGGCGGGGAUCCCCCUGUCUCAGAUCAGUGCUGGAGGGGACCACAGCUUUGCCCUGUCCGUCUCAGGGGCCGUGUUUGGCUGGGGCAAGAACAGCGCUGGGCAGCUGGGCCUAGGAAACAACAUAGAUUGCCCUGAACCCGUUCAGAUAACAGCUCUAAAUAUGAAGAAGAUUGUCCACAUCUCCUGUGGAGAAGACCAUACAGCAGUUUUAACUAAGGAUGGAGUAGUGUUUACAUGUGGAUCAGGACGUUAUGGCCAGCUGGGGCACAACUCCUUCAGAGAUGAACUGCGACCACGACUGGUGGCUGAACUCUGGGGCUCGAAGGUGUCUCAGAUCGCCUGUGGGAGACACCAUACAUUAGUACUCGUGGGAGACUCCAAUGCUAUCCUCGCAUUUGGGCGUGGUGAACAGGGACAGCUUGGAAAUGGACAGCGCACCAACUCUUCUGUUCCUCUCUAUGUGCACUUUCCACCCGAUCAUGAGGAGACCUUUGGGAAAAUUACUGCUGGAGGGCAUCUCUCCUUUGCUUUCUGCCAGGCUCAGUCAGACCCAGCCAAACCUCAUCCCACGAAAAGCAAAGGAUUAUUGACACUAGAUAUUCAGACUGUUGAGAGCUGGGUCUCUGGUUCAAAGGCAUCGAAUAAAAUUAACAAGGACAUUUGUAGAAUAUUUGCUUCAGCAUCCUGCAUUAAUGGAAGCUUUAUUGACACAAGCUCUGACAAACAUUACCUGACCAGCAUAAGGAACUCUGGACUGGAUUUGUCACUUGCACGUCUCGCUUUUGAAAAAAUGGCAGAAAAGCACACAGUGUUGACUGAGGUGGAGUCUGUGGUGCAGCAGCAUCUGCUCCCGUCUCUGAGCCCCAGCCCUGCUGGAGUGGAGGGCCUCAGAGUUUACCUCAUCCUGCCAGAGCUGCUCAGGGUGCUGCUCAAACAGCACAGGGGGACAGACCUCGCCGUCUCAUUGGCCGAGGCCAUUCUUAGGCUGCACCCUGAUUCGCUAAAAGCUCUGGAAACCCUCUGGUCCACACUUCCUGGCUCAUACCUCCGAACUGUUUUGAAAGUUUUCCGGACAAUGUCAGGAAAGGCUUUUGCUGAAAGCGUUAACAAUGCCAGUGACCAUGGACAGCCACUACAGCUAACACAGGUUCUACAGAGGGUGCAUGAGGCCAUCAGGAGAGGCAAGAGAAGGAUCCCUGAUCAGUGUUUCUUUGUCAAAGAAGUCAACUCAGUGUUCAAAGAAUUGAAUGCCAGAUUGAUUGGACUAAACCAACCUCAUGUUUUUUGGGAUCCACUUUGUCAAAAACAGCAAGUGUCAAUGCAGAACACGAUGGCUUUGUACAAGAAAAACAUCUUUCAGUUGAAGUCAAGUCCAUGCAUUUUUAACCUGGAGGGCAAACAUAUUGUUUUAAACCUUCACCUUCAACACAUGAGGGCAAAUGAAACUUCAUGCUUUCUACUGAAUCUGAGACGCACCGCACUCCUGGAGGAUGCCUUCAGUCAGCUCCAGCAAGCAAGAACACAUGACCUCAGGAAAUACUUAGGGGUGCAAUACAUGGAGAAUAAUGUGCAACUCAAAAUAUCAGAUGUCGACAAAAGAGACUUCUUCUUGAAUGUGUUCAGAGAACUCUAUCAUUCUGAGAUGUUCAUGUACAAUGACACAGAAACCUUGGUUUGGUUCCCCUCUCAGCCCAGAGAGGAAGUGAAGAAGUACUUCCUCUUUGGUAUGCUCUGUGGCCUGGCGCUGUACAACGACAGUGUGGUGCACCUUCCCUUCCCAUCAGCGUUGUUCAAGAAGCUUCUCAACAUUCCGCUAACACUGGAGGAUCUGGCUGAAAUUAGCUCUGUGGCAAAGAGUCUGCAAGAGGUGUUGGACUAUGAUGAUGUGGAGAGCAUGGGAUUUUUCUUCUCUAUAAGCUGGGACAACAUAGAGGUUGAGCUAGACCCAAAUGAAGCUGGAAAGCCUGUCACCAAUUCUAACAAGAAGGAGUUUGUUCAGGCCUAUGUGGACUACAUAUUAAACAAAUCAGUGGAGAAGGUGUUUGAAGAGUUCAAGAGAGGCUUCUUCAAAGUGUGUGCGCGAGACGUUGUGGAGCUGUUCCACCCCGAGGAGCUGAGGGGGAUGAUGGUGGGAAGGGAAGACUAUGACUGGGACAAACUCAAACAGAAUGCAUCAUAUGAAUUUGGAUUCUAUGAAAAUCACCCAACUAUAGUCUUAUUCUGGGAGGUGUUCCAGGAGCUCUCGGAGGAUGACAAAAAGGCCUUUCUCUUGUUCUUGACGGGCUUUGACCGGGUGCCUAUCCUGGGGAUGCAACAGAUCAAGAUGCGAGUACAAGUGUUGCCAAACUCCACACCGGACCACCUGCCAGAGGCCCUCACAUGCCAUGCUCUACUGAUGCUCCACCCCUACCAGUGCAAGGAGGUGCUGCGGACCAGGCUCAGUGAAGCGCUGCACCACAGGAGAGGCUUCUGGGAGGACUAGACUCAUGAUAACCUUCUCAAAUUUGAGGGAUAAGCUUUUAAAGACUUGAUCUGCUUGUAACUUUAAUGAUGUAACUUGUAAUUAUGAAGGCUAAUGGUUAAACAUACAAAUGUACAGUGUAAUACACAUUUGAAUCAUGGUGAAAGAAUGAUGAUGAUGAUGAUGAUGAUGAUUAUGAAUAAUGAUAAAUGGGCAUGGGUUCAAAGGGCAUUGUGUUGAGUUUGGAGUGAGGUACACCACUUAGUCACCACCUAAUGUCUUAAUAUAUUACUCUUUGCAAAACAUGCACACCAUUCAUUGGUCUCUAUAUAUUUCUGUAAUGUUGUCAUAAAUAGGCAGUUCACAUAAUGUAUAACAUGUAGUUAGGUAAUUAUUUAUGUUUACC